GUGCAUCUCUCCACUGACUCUACCAAGCAGUCGCCGACAUUCGCCCCUCCUAGUGACCCUAUGGCGCAUCUCCUCCAUGAGAAAAGGAACCCUAGAUCCAAAUUGACUGAGGGGAUUUCUGACUCGAUUCUGAGCCGCCUCGCUUCCUCGUCGGUGCUACCGCUCGAUGAUGAGGACCUUCUCCAGGAGAUCCUCCUCCGCCUCCCUCCACAACCAUCCUCCCUCCCGCGCGCCUCCCUUGUUUGCCCAUGCCGGCGUAACAUCCUUUCCAACCACAAGUUUCUCUGCCGCUUUCGCAAGCAUCACCGGAAACCACCUCUGCUUGGCUUCUUUGCAAGGUGUUUAAUCAGUAAAGCGACUGUCUUCACUUCUGUCCUUGACUCGCUUGACUGCAUCCCUGCUGGUCGCUUUCUCGUGCCGCACAGCCACAACCCGUUCAAGGAGUUGCGCUUCAUGGGAUGCCGCCAUGGCCUCGCUGUCCUAUUCGAAAUGUCACUACAUUCCCCCAUGCCAACGGGUUUGAUUGUGUGGGAUCCACUCAAUGGUCAACAACACAACCAUUUGACAAUGCCAUCAGGGCUCAAUGGUGACAAAUGGAAGUGUUGGAAUGCCACUGUGUUGUGCACUAAUGUCGAAGAUGGUCAUGUGCACGGUGAUUGCUUCUCGAGCCCGUUCAAAUUGGUCUUGAUCUUCAACAGAGACACAGAUGCUUCAACUUGCGUCUACGAAUCGAUAUCUGGUGUAUGGGGAGAUAUUGUCUCUGUGGUGACCAAGAAAGUAAUUUCUCCUUUGAGACCCAGCAUUCUGAUUGGAAAUGUACUUUACUGGUUGCUUGUUGGAGGUGAAGUCCUUGUGCAUGAUUUUGAAAGGCAGAGUCUUGGUCUGAUUGAGAAGCCAGCAGACACACAUAAUGGACAUGUCGAGCUUUCUUAUCAUCUCUUACGGAUAGAGGAUAAUGGACUUGGUAUGGCCAUUGUGUCAGAACUUACAAUUAAAUUAUGGGAGAGGAAAUCCAACUGUGAUGGUGUUGCUGGAUGGGUGUUGCUGAAGAAAAUUGCUCCACUGGAUGGGUUGUUUCCGCAGACAAUGCCUAGUGGUCACAUGUGGAUAUUUUUGGUGGGGUAUGAUGAGGAAGCAAAUGUGAUUGUUCUGUCUACUAUGAGUGGCAUGUUCAUGCUCCAACUUGAUUCUAUGCAAAUCAAAGAUAUUUCUAUGAGAAUUAAUCUAUGUCACUCAGUCAUUUAUCCCUAUAGAAAUUUCUAUACGUUACUUUUAGUUUCUUAG